AUGCCUACUCGAAGACCUCCCAAACAGGACCGACCUGUACCGAAGGCUGUCUUUCAGGUGAUUGAGCGAGCAGAGACGUCUGCUACAGCCCAGGCGAACUCUGCAGGUACCUUAGAUCAGGCAGUUGAUGGCUCCGAAUCGACAGACGGCCAUUUGCCGCCGCCUGCGUAUGGCGCUAGGUACGGUGAGAUCGGCUCAGAGAAGGACGGUUCGGGCACCAGCGCUCGUGUUGCCGACGAUGGUCGUGUCAAUAUUCGCAUCAACCAACUGAACCGUCGUUUGUCGCAAAUCUUCACACCAGCUCUGCGACAGCAUAUUGAGAGUGCGGAGGAAAGUGGUCCGCCUCCUCCACCUUACAUCCCACCCUCUCUGGGAGGUGGGAUCGGCGCUUCACGUACACCGCCAUUGAACAUCGUCAUUCAUGUUGUUGGUUCGCGGGGCGAUGUCCAACCAUUCGUUGCGCUGGGCAAAGUUCUGAAAACGACAUAUGGCCAUCGUGUACGUCUCGCUACUCACCCCAAUUUCAAGCAUUUUGUGCAGAGUAACGGUCUCGAGUUCUUCAACAUUGGCGGAGAUCCUGCUCGACUUAUGGCAUUUAUGGUCAACAACCCAAGUCUCAUGCCAUCGCUUCGAAGUCUUGCAAGCGGAGAUAUUGGAAAGCGAAGAAAGGACGUUGCUGAGUACAUGCAAGGCUGCUGGCGCUCUUGCUAUGAGCAAGGCGACGGCAUGGACGAGCAUGCAGCAGAUAGUCGUUCUCGUGCGCCUACCAAGGAAGACUCUGGUGUGGAGGCGAAACCGUUCGUUGCCGACUGUAUCAUCGCAAAUCCGCCUUCGUUCAGUCACAUUCAUUGCGCGGAAAAGCUGGGUGUGCCACUACACAUCAUGUUCACAAUGCCAUACUCACCAACUCAAGCAUUCCCUCAUCCGUUAGCCAACAUUCAGUCUUCGAACGCUGAUCCUCAACUGACUAAUUAUCUGAGCUACGGAAUGAUCGAAGUACUCUCGUGGCAAGGUCUAGGCGACAUCAUCAACAGAUUUCGUGCAAAGUGUCUCGGCCUAGAUCCUAUCAGUCUGAUAUGGGCUCCUGGCAUGCUUCAGCGAUUGAGGGUUCCACACACAUACUGCUGGUCUCCAGCUUUGAUACCGAAACCGAAAGAUUGGGCGUCUCAUAUCUCUGUUACAGGGUUUUCGUUCCUCGAUCUGGCUUCUGGCUAUGUGCCAAGUCCGGAGCUACAGACUUUUCUAGAUGCCGGGGAGCCGCCUGUUUACAUAGGCUUUGGAAGCAUAGUAUUGCAAGAUCCAGACGCCAUGACAAAGCUCAUAUUCGAGGCCGUAAGGAAAUCUGGUGUCCGUGUCCUUCUCUCGAAAGGAUGGGGAGGCCUCGGCACAGACGAGCUUGACGUUCCGGCAAACAUCUUCAUGCUUGGCAACGUGCCACACGAGUGGUUGUUCAAGCGUGUCUCAUGUGUGGUACAUCACGGUGGCGCCGGAACCACGGCGGCUGGGCUUUCCGCAGGCCGACCUACUCUGGUCGUGCCCUUCUUUGGUGAUCAGCCGUUCUGGGGCGCAAUGGUAGCAAGGGCAGGUGCAGGACCAAAGCCCAUUCCCCAUAAACAGCUCACAGUCGAGAACCUGGCCGAAUCCAUAAGCUUCUGUCUGAGACCUGAUACUCUCGAAAGGGCCAAGGACUUCGCCACAACUAUUGCGGCAGAACGUGGCAGCGACUCGGCAGCAAUGUCAUUUCAUCAAUUCCUGGAGGUCGAUCGGCUUCGCUGUGCGCUAGCACCAUCCAGGGCAGCGGUAUGGCGUGUCAGACGUACCAGGAUUCGAUUGAGUGCCUUCGCCGCUUGCACUCUAGCAAAUGCUAAUUUGCUAAGCUUCAAUGAUCUGAAGCUUUUCAGGGCACAAGAGUACGAGACCGACGAGGGUCCUUGGGAUCCCAUUUCCGGUGGCUUCGUCGCAGCUAAUGAAGCAUUCGGCGGCAUGGCGAUGGGCCUGGCAGAGAUACCCUCAGAAACGCUGAAAGCUUUGCAACUACCUUUCAGGUCGAGCCGCAAGCAAUCUCAGCCUUCGUUAUCAACGAGCACGAAGAUUACAAACGAUCCGACGCUUGAAGCCACAUCGACUGCCUCGUUGUCAGCUGGAUCCAGUCCAGUGACCCUGAAUGACGAUGCGGAUUGCAACAGCGCAGGGAUUCAUCGAAGGCAAACAGAUGUGUCAUCCAUGACAUCAACCACCACGAGCAAUUCUGGCAUCGACCGCGACAUGCUGCGCCAUACCGGCGCACAUGGCAGUAAAGGCGUCGGAAGGCUCACUAAAGCGCUGGUACAGUCCCCAAUGACACUGUCAAUGGGUCUCACCAAAGGAUGUCACAACCUCCCAAAGCAGUGGGGCGACGAAACAGUGCGCACCCAGGCCCAGAUUAGUGAUCUCAGGUCCGGGGUGCGGACCGCUGGCAAAGAAUUCGGUCUUGGCUGGUAUGAUGGUGUCACUGGUCUGGUUACCCAGCCUUGGAAAGGUGCCCAGAAGGACGGUGCUGGCGGCUUUGUCAAGGGCAUUGGCAAAGGAGUGGGAGGCUUCUUUGCUAAGCCGCUUGCUGGCGGUUGCGGUGUCCUUGGCUACACGAUGAAAGGUGUGCACAAAGAGGUUCAGAAGGCCUUCGGCAGCAAUGCACAGAACUUCAUACUUGCGUCGAGGACAGCGCAAGGGUACGACGACUGGCUACAAAGUUCUCAAGCAGAGAAGCAGGACGUUAUCGACCGCUGGAACUUGAUCUAUAAAUACAUCAAGAAGCGCAAGUACGAGGAAGUGAUCCGGGAUCUCCUUGGUGAACAACAGAACGGCGGACCACAGGCUGCCGGGCCAAGUCGAGACACCACUCCAGUAUCGACUACCAUUGGGUCUCCCGACGCCGGACAUGAAUCGUUGACCUCGAGCAACGCACUCGCAGCAGAAGAAGGCAGUAUCAGUGCACAAACUAUGGCUCCCGAGUCGACACUUGUACAGGGCUUUCUACACGAAGAGACAGUCGUCAGCGUGGAGCCCACCCGUGACAGGUCGCAUGAAGCUGCCGAUAAUGAUGCAGGUGCAGAAGGUUUACAUCACGCUUCAGAAGGACGAUUUGGAGCUCGACAACCUACGGACAGCAGCUGCGUCUUCCAGACGAACCUCCAGGAAAACCGUAGCCACGAUCAGCAACCGCAAUAUACUAACAGCAGCGGCAGUAGUGUGUUCGAAUUGGAAGGCGGUUCUGACGAAGACAGUGAGGAAUUGGAGCUACCUGCUACGAUCGUUCCAGAAGCCACGGAACAUCCAAAAACUGUAGCUGGUCCUUCAUUCAGAGCUGCAGAGCAACAUGCAUUCGAUGCAGCCCAUCUUGCGGGCGCAACAGGAGCAGAACUCGAAGCUCAGUCCUGGGUCUCGCGAAGAGAGAAGACUACACAGGAAAAGACAGAAGAAGAGAUUGUCUUGGAAUACAUCAAGAAGCAGAGUCUGUUGGAGACGCAAAAUUGGCGCCUCAGUCAUCGACAUACUCCAGAAGACGGGACCGAAGAGCGAGAGUUGCGGAGAGCGAUUCAAUUAAGCAUUCGAGACCAAUGA